AUGGUCAGCUUAAUGCUGCUUGCAGCAGCAGUAGCAGUUACAGUCACAAUUCCGUCCGCUUCUGCACAGCUGGAAAACUUCUGCCACGCAGUAAUUGCAGGCAUCUUCCCGCAUCCAGAUCCGAGUUUGUGUUUCAUGUACAUCGCAUGCGCGUUCGAGGAGUUAUUCCUGUACCAGUGCAACCAAAACUACGUGUUUAACGAGACCAGUUUGGAAUGUGUUCCUGGCUAUUGGGAGGACUGCGGUCGGGAUGUAGAUCCGGAACUGGAAGCAAUCUGCGCUGAAGUUUCCUACGGAGUAUUUGAAUAUGAAGCAAACUGUGCCAAAUUCAUUUUUUGCGAACGUGGUAGACCAACGCUGAUUGAAUGCCUGGAAAAUGAGAUAUGGUUCCAGCAGCAGGGGUCCUGUGUGUUUGGAAACCGAGACACUUGUCAACCGGGUGAUCCAUUCUGUAUGGGGCUACCAAAUGGACUGAUACCACACCCGGAAGGGUGCGAUAAGUUUAUUGAAUGUGUGGAUGAGCGAAGUACUGUUACUCAGUGUGACAGAGGAAUGAUCUUUGAAGAAGGUGGUACAUCAUGUGUUAUCGGAAGUACGCAAACGUGUAGCUCAUCGGAAAAUAUUUGCAACGAACAACCCAACGCUCAACAUCCACACCCGGAGUUUUGUGAUCUUUUGAUAAAUUGUGACGGAAGUGAAGCUACGUUGGAGGCUUGUUCGGUAAAUGAAAUAUUCCGGCCCGAUAUUUUGUUCUGUGUACCUGGCGAUCCAACUACAUGUAUUCCCAGUAGACCGGAGGUUGCUUGCGACGGAAGACCGGAUGGAAGAGUUCCACAUCCGGAUCAGUGCAACUUGUUCAUUGUGUGCAGUUCGGGCAGUUCCUCAGUGCAGUCUUGUCCAACUGGAAACAUUUUUCGACCAGAGAUUUCAGAUUGCGUUACCGGUAACUCGGACACUUGUGAGUUCAUGGAUGGAGUAUGCGCCGGCCGUCCCGAUAGAUACGUUAUCGAACAUCCAAAUUACUGUGGAUGGUUCAUAUGGUGCAUCAGUGGACAGACAAACGUUUUCCAAUGCCCCACUAAUGAAAUAUUACGGCCCGAUAUGCAAUUUUGUGUACCUGGUGAUGAGGAUACUUGCGAAGCUACUGAAAUCGACACAAUGUGUGAAGGCCGUUAUGGGGUGAUUUAUCCCCACCCGGAUCGCUGUGAUGUAUACAUUUGGUGUGAGGAAGGGAGUCUGACCAUAAACUCAUGCCCCUCGUAUACGAUCAUACAACCAGGAACCAUCCAGUGCGUAGCUGGCAAUCCGGAGACCUGUGAGCUUUAUGACGGUCUUUGUCAAGGAAGACCAGACGGCAUCAUUCCGCAUCCUUCGCAAUGUCACCUUUUCAUAGAAUGUUUGUCAGAACAAGUUAGUCUGAGGCCAUGUCCCGAAGGUCAUAUUUUCGAAUCUUCGUUAUCGGAAUGUGUCCCUGGUAAUACGGAGACGUGUGAUCAUCUUGUCGGAUAUUGCACUGAUCGACCGGAUGGAGUAAUAUCUCAUCCAAAUCGUUGCGACUUGUUCAUGAUUUGCACCAGUGGAGUAACAUCGGUUCACCAAUGUCCGUGGGGAGAAAUCCUUCGCCCUGAUAUGCAGUUCUGCGUACCUGGGAACAGUGACACUUGUGAGUUCACGCCAAUAGAAGGAAUGUGUGAUGAUCGUGAAGGACCGGUGAUCUACCCACAUCCCUAUGAUUGUGCUCAAUUUGUGAGAUGUCAACAGGGACAAUUCAUCGUCGAAAGUUGUGCAGAAGGAAACGUAUUGCAGCCAGGAACAAUCCAAUGUGUGGCCGGCAAUAGCGAUACAUGUGAACUGUAUAAUGACAGAUGUAUAGGAAUAGAGUAUCAAGUCAUUCCACACCCAUCCGAAUGCCACCUGUUCUUGACAUGUUACUCUGAGCACGCGUCGGUAGGUUCCUGCGCCCGGGGCAUGGUGUUUAUCAAUGGAUUAUGCGUUAUCGGUGAUCGAGAUGCUUGUGAGUCCUGGCAAAAUGUUUGUGCAACAUUACCAAUGCAGAUAAUGGAGCAUCCAAACUUUUGCGAUUUGUACAUCGAAUGUCGUGAUGGCCUCACUAGCAUGGGUUCAUGUUCUGCCGGAUUGAUCCUGCACCCCAAUAUGCAGGUUUGCACACCUGGUGUUCAAGACACAUGCGAAUUUAUCCCGGAGGAAGAAAUGUGCGUUGGUCGAACUGCAGGUCGGUUUCCAAUACCAGAUCAAACACAAUGUACCGAGUAUGUGACAUGUUCAAAUGGGGUUGGUACGACCGGUUCUUGUAUGGAUGGAACUGUUAUGCGGCCACGAUUCAUUGACUGCGUUCCUGGAAAUGAAACUACGUGUGCGUCCUAUCCACACAUAUGUCUGUGGCGUCCAAACGAGAACAUUCCUCAUCCCACAAGGUGUGACAUGUUUGUAACUUGCAUUUCGGAAAUGCCCAAUGUAGUCCCCUGCCAGCGAGGUGAAAUUUACAGUGAAGCAAGAGAUUUGUGCGUGCCUGGAAGCGCAGAAACUUGCGUGUCCUUUGAGAACCUCUGUGUGGGUCAAGAUGAUGGGCUUCUAGCACAUGCCGUCUAUUGCGAUGUGUUUAUUGUCUGUACAUCGGGGGUUGCUACCGUGCAAGCCUGUCCCAGCGGGGAAAUCUUCGUUCCAGCGCAGCAACAAUGUCAGCCAGGAGAUGUUGAAACGUGUGUCGUGCAAACAAGGAAAACCUCAUCGAACACCAAGAUAUUGAUAGAUAUUGAUGAGCAAAAUGAUAUUAGCAUAAGUAUAAACGAAACGAUAAGGGCCGCCUUCAGGGACCCCAGUUCAUUUUUGAAAAAGACUUUAUCAUCGAGUUGAAAUAACUGAAAAACAAAUAACUAAACAGUUGAAUUUUUUUUAUAUCUCUAAAUACUAUCUGACAUAAUUUUAAAUCUUGAA